GGCGAUAGCGCCCAAAUCACCAAAACUACCAUAGAGACUAUCGAAUAUCACCAAAGAAACAUCCCUUGGAAUCAACCUAAUUCAACUUUUCAAGAUGCAAUCACAGUCUGCCGUCGUUUGAACAUUCCAUAUUUAUGGAUGGAUUCGCUGUGCAUUAUCCAUAAUUCCGCAGCAGACUGGAAGGACCAAGCUUCGCAAAUGGGAUAUCUCACAAUCGUAGCGACUAAAUCAAGCGAUGCAUCUGGUGGUUGCUUCGUGAAUACAGGCGAUGAGUACAUGUCAAAGCUCUUGCCUGAAUGCAAAGACACUUAUGUUCCAUAUCAGGAGAUGCGACUUUCGCCACGCGUACUGCACUCCUGUGCUCAAGAAGUGAUAUGGGUCUGCAGGAAUAAAGACCCAAAGUACCUGUGGUAUCGGACAGUUCGGGAACACUCACGGCUUCGACUAAGUAAGCAAGAGGACAAGAUGGCUGCCCUAGCUGGGCUAGCCGAGCAAAUACAGAAUUUACAGCUCAGUAAUCAAUACCUAGUGGGCUUGUUGGAGAAGACCCUACUUCACGAUCUUCUCUGGCACUUAAACAAUUGCUACAAAGCUCCAAAAUAA